GCGACCUCGCACCGCAGCCCCCCGCACCCACGCGUCUGCCGCAGCCCGGAGGCUCCGCCGCUCCCGGGCGCCCUUCGGGCCCGCGAGGGGGCCGAGUCUGGCGGCAGAGCCGCGGAGAGGCCGCCCCGCCCCCGCAACGCGCUUUAAGAGCCCCGCCGGCGUCCGGAACCGCGGCUGCGAACGGGCGAGACGUGAAAAGGUGAACAUUGGGCAGGGAGGCAUACAAAACUGGUUUUGCAUAAAAGUUGGUGAUAAUCGACUGAGAAACAUCACUUGACUCCUGAUAGCCUCUUUCAACAAGAGCACUCUGUCGUGUGUGCCAUCUUCCAUUAGGUCUGCAUGAGUGAAAAGUGGUGAAGGAGUGUAAGAAAUUGAACCUGUGCAGUUACACUGUUCGAGAAGGACAGAAGACAGUUUGAACCAUGGCAAGCCAGGCGUUUUCCCCAGAGGCUGCUUUCCCUCAUGGGAGGCGGAGGGAGAAAUGGGACCCCAGGCUUCUUUCAAGGGCAAGGACUUGAUGGCAAAAAAAAGAGAGUGUCUCCAGGCCUACAGCUGGUGGAGAACACCGCAGAAGAAACGGAAGAAAAAGAACAAAAUAAAACCGGGGAGAAUAGAGUUUGUCCCUAGUAGUACUAACACGACCAGACCGGAUUAUUCAAUAUUUGUUGGGGAGCUGACUCCAGAAGUAGAUGAUUUUCAGCUCUAUGACUAUUUCCUAAAGAGGUACCCUUCCUGUAUUGACUGCAAAAUAGCAACAGACCUGCUAGGAUAUUCCAGAGGGUAUGCCUUUGUCAGAUUUGGUGAGCAAGGUGAUCAGAUGAGGGCACUGCAAGACUGCCAGAAUGCACCAGGUCUGGGGGGAAAACGAAUCCGGCUGAGCAUAGGAAUUUCUAAAAGACUGAAAGCAGAAUUCCAGCGGUACCAGUCAUACAACUAUAAUGAUUAUUACCAAGAUUAUCAGAACUACUAUUCACAGUGGAAUUACGAUCCUUAUGCUGACUACAACUACAGCUCCUAUACUCCCUAUGAUAGCAUGCAAGCUGUUGGAGACUGCUCUUUAGGAGAUGCUGUUAUGGCUCCAGCUGUUUUUGAGGAAGCUUCAGCUGUGACUGAAAUCAAUGAUGACCUAAUAACUGAAGAUCCACAGCUGUACUUGGAUGUUGAUGAAAUGAACAGACAAUUUAUGGAGACAAGUGAAGAACUCUAUGAUGCCCUCAUGAAUUGUCACUGGCAACCUCUGGAUACGGUCACUUCUGACAUCCCCUCUGCUAUUUAAGUGUCUUAUAUAGCAUGACCGUUAUGACCAAGGUGCUAAAACUACAUUUCUUCUACAUUACUCUAGAUCAUAAUUUUUAAAGCACAAUGAUAGGUUGGGGGGUUUUUUUGGCUAUGUUUUUGGCAUUUUCUGUAAUCUUUUUUUUUUGUUUUGUUCAUCACUUGGAGCAUCUUGAAAUCAUGUAAAUAUUCUAGAAAUGUAAAGAGUUCAGUGGGAGUCUAAAGAUAGACUUGCCUGUGUAAAUAAAAUUUUGUUUCUGCAAACUGG